UUGCGUUUUUGUUUUCAAAAUGUGAAAUGUGUACAAAUUUUUUUCUUUUGUUUUAAUGAAUGAUGAGAAUGACAAAAAGUGAAUUUUAGUGCUAUUUGACAAAUCUUUUUAUGGCAUUUAAAUCAAAGCCUGAUUAAAAAAAUAUGAAAACAUGAAGAAAAAAAUUACAUUUUUUUUGCUUUUAAGUGAAUGAAUAGAAGCAUAGUAUUUAUUUAGAGCCAUGAUAUACAUGAAGACUGGGCUGAUUUCCACUAAGUUAUGGUAAACAUGAAUAGUUGAAUCUAAUAGAGCUGCAGGCAACAUGCUUAGUUUCCACUGUGAUGUUUAUGUAACCAUGUGUAGAAAGGAAAGAAAGAGAGGUCCUUCUCCAUCAGGUGGAGAGCAGCUAAUCACCUGAUGGCAGGGAGGUGGUAAGUACAGGCGGACAAAAAAAAUACAUUUUAUUUAUAAAAACCACUCCAGGGUGUUCAGGACAAGAAAAACCUAAAAGCACACAAAACAAACUAGCAGUCCACAGUAUAUUAAGCCUACAGUCACCAUGGUCUUAAACUAAGUGCUCAAUAAACCAUUGGAACAAAAAGCCUUUCAUCAGCCUCAAUAUGAAUCACCUGUUGCUGGGUCCAACUCCAUGGCCAUGCCUGGCAAAGACUCAAUAUGGCCCGCUGGAUUUCAUGGGACACUGUGAAGGAGGGCAUUGAAUUGCAAUUUUACAACUUUCACAGCUUUUUAUACUGAUGGCGAUCUCUCCCAUUGCCAUUCAUACGACGCCAGAUUAAGCUUCAGCCAUUCAGUCACCCCUGCUAGAGGCCAGCCCCCCACCAUCACCUUAUUGUUGAAAAUGAGGCAGCACUCUCCAUGGUAACUACAGCCCUCCAAGGCUGUCGCAGCUAAUCUUCAGGAGCUUACUCACUUCUCAUAAGAGGGUUUUACCGGCAGCACCAAUGCCCAAAAAUUCUCCCCAAACUAGCACUGGAUCUUUGGUCUGCCCUACCAGGAAAACCUUCACCCUAGGAGGAAAACAGACCUCGUCACAGCAGCUGAUUGGAGCAGAGUGGAGAACGGUAUAGGCCUGGUACAUCGGCUGCUAAAUUAGGAAAACAAUUCAAUCCAUGGACUGCUCUAAAAACUGAGAUAUAAAUCAAAAAGCCAGUCCUGGAAGUGUGAGGGAGUUUGACGACCUUGGUAGGAACAUGUACUUCAUGAGCAGUACUUGGUGUUUGCUGCUGCUACUGCUGUAUUUUUGUCCUCUUGGGAGAAUGCUGGAAGUGAAAGGGCAGGAGCAGGGGUACCUGCAGGAGGCUCUCAAGUCCUUGAAUUUGCCCGUGGGGCCGGACAACAAGGCUCAACUCCAGAAGAACAGAACCAGUGUACUGAUCACCACACUUCUCCAGGCAGUGCGCUGCACAGAGCGGACGGGCAGCUCUCAGGACAUGUGUGAGAAGUGCCUGACACCAGACAUAGCCCUCUCCGUGCUGAAGGAUGAUGGGAAGGAUGUCCUCACUGAGGAGAACUACCAGCAGAUCUCAACUGUCCUGCUGUACUAUAUAAUUAACUUGCAAGACCUGUGUGUGUCAAAUGCUGCCCCCCCUCCUUCUUCCUUUUCCUCCUCAUCUGGGAACUUUCAGUUCUAUCUUCUGGCCCUCACUAACUUACAUCCAGCUGAAGACAACAGCUUCCUUUCAUCCAAUGAAACAGAAAGCAUCCUGCAGGUCAUCAACCAACACUAUGAGCCAUCCAGCCACCAUAUACCCUCAAGUUCUCAAUGCAUCGAUGCAGCUCAUCUCUUGGAAGAUGCUGAUGUUAAGGGAAAUCCAGGUGCUGGUACAUCUGCUGUUCCCAGAGUGGCCGCAGCCAUCAUUAGCCAUAUUCUCCAAGGCCACUGUUUCAGAAAGAGAAACCUGCCACCUCCUGCCUUCUUUACAGAUUAUAUCUUUCAUUCUCUUAACUGCACAAGUAACCUGCAGAUUAUGGACCUGGAGGAGUUGCUUCAUCAGCUGAGAGUAGGACGGGAAGGAGGGAUGCACUCUGGCAACAGGAAGAGACAAGGCAUCAUAGUAGGUUCAAAGAAGGUGGCUAGGGAUUUGCAAGAUAGCUGCAACCCCGGAAUUGAAGGAAUAAACAGUGACUGGGCACAGGUAUGUUUUUCAGCCAAUCAGCUGGUGGAUAUUUUUGCUCUGGAUCCUCAUUUGCCAAUUUCCAAGGAACACUUCAGACAAAUUUGCCCAGCCAUCAUUCAGCAGUUGCUAGGCAAUGCCUGUGAGCCUGAAGAGCAACAAACAAGAGGGUCUCUGCCCACAGCUCUCGAGAAAUAUGGCUACAGCACAGCUGCUGUCUUUCUCAUCACGGUGGGCUCCAUGUUUGGUAUCUGUCUGAUCUUCUUCAACUCCUGCCAAGAAACCUACUCACUAAUCCUGCAGCUGUUUGUUGGUCUGGCAGUGGGAACCCUGUCAGCAGACGCUCUCUUGCACCUCAUACCACAGAUCCUUGGCCUCCAUCACAGCACACACAAUCAUGGUGAUGAGGACUAUGAUGAAGAAAAAGAUUAUUUGUGGAAGAUCUUGGGAGUGAUUGCUGGGAUUUACAGCUUUUUCCUCAUUGAAAAACUAUUCUCCUUUCUAGUCCCUUCUCAUAGUCAUGGUCAUGGCGGUGACCUUUCCUUGAACUGUAAUGGUCACUCACAGAGAGGCAAGUCUAUCUCCACAAUACAGCUGGGACCCGUGGAUGACUUGGAGUGUACAGAAAUGUCUCCUGAGCAUGCAAACACAAGGCGUCCUUCACAUCCUAGACAAGGGGUUUCUCUGCUGGCUGUGAUGGUAAUUGUGGGAGACAGUCUUCAUAACUUUGCUGAUGGCCUGGUUAUCGGGGCAGCUUUCUCCUCUUCAUCUGAGACUGGAAUGGCGACCACUGUGGCCAUCCUGUGUCACGAGAUUCCACAUGAGAUGGGGGACUUUGCAGUGCUGCUCAGCUCUGGACUCUCAGUGAAGACUGCUGUGCUAAUGAACUUUCUCAGCGCUCUGACGGCCUUCAUGGGGCUCUACAUCGGACUUUUUGUUUCUUCAGAGACAGAAGUGCAGCAGUGGAUCUUUUCUGUCACUGCUGGGAUUUUUCUCUAUUUGUCAUUGGUGGAAAUGCUUCCAGAGAUGAAUCGAGUAAAGACCGACAGACCGUGCCUCAUGUUUUUCCUCCAGAACCUCGGUCUCCUGUUGGGUUGGGCCUGCCUUUUGUUGCUCGCGCUCUUUGAACAUGAACUCAAAUUUUAAAUGCAGUGUGCAUCUUCCUCACAGGGUUGAGCCAAAACAAAAUGCCGAGUCGUACUAGAGUUUUAAAUUUCCAUUAACUGGUUUGUUAUCAUCUCUUAGCAUGUGCAACCAGUAGAUUUGAAUAAUUAUUGCUGAUGAUGUUGUAGUCUCAACAAUGGAUCAGAUAUAUGUACUGUGGUGCGAAGCCUGUCUUUUUUUUAUACUUGAUGAUUUAUUUUUGUAUGUUAGGUACAGUGUGUGUGCCUGUAUAUGGACUGUAAAUGUCUAGUUUCAUUGCCUUUUUGGUAGCACCAUCUGUUGUUCAUGUUGCCUCAGACAAUCAAAUUCAAUGAUCAAGAGUAUAUUGUAAAGCUCCCUUUUUUAUUAACAUUUUUAUUUAUUUUUUUCCAUUGCCUUUAAACUGAUGAAAAUUUUAACUGGAAAAUUAAUAGAUUAAUUUGGGUGUUGUUGAUAUAAUGAUGCAGAUGAUUUGAGGGACAUUUUACUUGAUGAGCUUGUAAUAGCCACAUCCAAUUUCCAAAUCAUAUGGGAAAACAGAUGGUUUUAAAUUUGUACACUUAAUUCCAAUUAAAGUAGCACUAAAGUUUUUCAGUAUUGCUCUUCAACAAUAUUGUCCCGUUGAAAGAUAAUCCCUUUGAGUCUCCAUUCAAUGUAUUUCUAAUUAAUUCCUUUAUUUAUUUUUUUUGCAUGAUAUACACGAAAUUAUAAAGAGUUGUGCUUUUCAGGAA